AUGUCAUCAGAAAUGCCAAUGGGAUGUCGAGCGCACAGAGAUUUCUUGAGGCUGUACCUGCCCGAGUAUUACAGGGUGAAGUCUGUUGCGAAGCAGCAACCUAGGCUCUUCGCACAGUUCCAGUCCCGCAUGUGGACACUUUGGAUGAGACGUUGGCACCCGGAGAUGCAGCCUCCCGAUCCUGAGGACGCCAAGGCCGUUGAAGACUGGAUGAAAUAUCGUCAAAGAAUUCUCUGCAAGAUCAUUCGGACCAUGUCGUAUUGGAUUCCCUUCUACGUCGCAGAUCUCAAAAAGAAGAAACUAGCCUUAGAGGAGGCAAAGGCCCAUUCAUCCACUGAAGACGACGAAGCUUUAGUAGACCAGAUAUCAAUGUGGAAAUACAAUCCCAAGAAGCAUGGAAAAAAUGGACCUGCACGGGACAUCACCAUCCAUGAUUAUGCAGAAAAUCAACCGUCUGCUCCUGCUGUCGAUCAAUAUCAACACACCCAUUUCAGCAUGAGGGAAAAGGAAGGACCGACUGGUGUACGUGUUUGCCCUAGCGUGCGCAAUAGCUCACUUGUUGUCCCUUCUCUUGGGUCCCAACACCCCGAAACGGACAAGCACUUGUACCCUUCUAUUGAGGAAUUAUCUUCGACAUCUUUUUUAGAUCCAGAUUAUGCUCCUCCAUCUGCUGAAAUCCAAGGUAGCGGCGAAGAGGAAGAAUGUGAUACUCGGGCCCCCAGGCCACUCGGUGAUCAUCCACUCUUUGUUUGGUCUCAGCUACGUUCAGAGUUUCUUGACGAGAUCCUAAAGCUUGACGCUUUCGAAACCGAUGACAGCAGCACUUGCAUUGUUGCGGAGCAUCAGGGUUUGCCCUUGCAUAAGAUUGAGGAGUGGCAGUCAUCAUUCUUCCGCAAAACGACUCUUGCCAAACUGGGGCUUAAUUUUGAUCUGGGACAUGAAUGGGGGACGCCAUGUCUCUUUCCCUCGAUUGUUUCUGAUUUUGUGGUUGUUGACAUGAAUGGCAUCCACACUGUUAAUAUGGCAUUUUGCAAUUGUACUCAGGGUAUCCCACAGCGUGUUCAGCUGCUUUGUCAUCGACUUUUUCCCGUGACAACAAUCUACCCACAUACUGCAUUUACAUUUGGCAUACUUCACUUCUUCCAGCUGCUGUCUUUCAUGUCCAAGGUAUCCGCAUAUGAAUUCUAUCACACGCUGGUUCGAUUGACUGAUAAUUCUGGGCUGCAACCACCUCCAGACCGCUAUGAAUCUUUUCUUCGAGUUAUGCGAGAGUGGCGUCAUAUUCGUGCUUUGAAGCGAUUUGGGCGUGGACAUGAGACAGGAGGUGUAGAAGGUACCAAGCAGGGCGAACUCGCUCUCCGUUGCCCUGCGUGUCCUCAGCCAAGCAUUAAUUUACCUCUGGGCUGGAUCAAGAAUCUAACUACCCGGUGGUUGUACCGCUUGUUUCUAGCGGUAGAUGCGAAUUUCCGACUUCGUCGACUGAAUGUCUCGAGCGACCAAUCUGAUCCAGGACUCAAUCUCGGAUAUGCUUACUUCGUCGAGGAAGGUGCUUUUCGGGGUCACCUUGAUUCCUUUGCCAAGGUCAUUCCCGAGGAAGAAAAGAGUACGUGUAAUAAUCACGACGCUGUCAAGCUCGCAAAUAGUCGGGCUGGACAUGGUGCAGCAGCAACGGGAGUUGGGGCCGUAGUCUGUGGGCGCCAUGAUAUGAAACGUCCGUUAUCGGUUGGAGAUCUUCAAAAGGGCGAAAGAUACCUUAAUAUGGAUUAUUUCAUCUUGUCAACGUUAACGGACGAUGCACCUCCAGACUUGGUAAUAUCAUAUGACAUCGCAUGUCAAUGGCACAAAAACUUCUUUACUCGAAUGUCCAGAUAUCCCGAAGCGUUACGACUUUCACAACCGGAGCAGAACAUACUUUACCUCGUGCCGAAAUUCCAUCUACCCGCCCAUAUUUUGAAAUGCCGCGACAAUUUCUCCUUCAAUUUCUCCGCCAAAGUUGGUCGUACCGAUGGUGAGGCUCCUGAGCGUGGUUGGGCUGCUACCAAUGCUUUAGCAGCGAGUACAAAAGAGAUGGGGCCUGGUGCUCGCAGAGACACUUUAGAUGACCAUUUUGGAGAUUAUAACUGGAGGAAGAUCGUCAUUCUAGCGGAUAUGCUUUGUACUCGGCUGAAGGAGGCAGUCAGAGCUCGUCUUGAGCAUGUUGUAGAGUUCGUUGGUUAUGAGGAUGCUUUGCGUGUUGAGCAUUCAGAAUCUGUCAACUCUUGGAGACAAAUGGUCCUUGUAUGGGAAGGUGAUCGAAGCCGGCCGAAUCCCUUCUCGCCCACCUUGCGCCCUAUGACUGAAAACGCUGUGCGUCUGGAGCUCGCGAGAGAAGAAAAGAACAUUUCUUCUGUCGAAAUUCACCAUGAUGUUAGUCCCAGCGAGUUUAUGGCACAGGGAUUACAGCUAGAAGAGGCCCAGGUACGGUUGCAACGUGAUAUCGACACUCUUGGUCCGCAUUCAACCGAUUUACAACGCUCCAAGGUGCAAGCCCAGGCGAACCGUAUCCAGCGUAAAAUCGAAGCAUGGAUCGAUGUGCAGAAGGUAUACAUGCCUAAAACAGCACUACUCCGUGCGCGAGAUGACGACCGCCGUGCUGUUGGAAAGGAUAUCCAGCCGUCGAAGGUUCCCCUCUAUCUCCCUUCCACGGCACUCAGGCUGAAUGCUAUUGAUCUGACGACGCAGAAGGCCAUCAUCGAUGAUGAGCGGCGUCUGCGUCUUGCUCAGGCCAAUGAUACCUUAGCCCUGCUGCGUGACCAUCUUCUCUUAAAGUCCUAUCUCACGACGUACCAACGAAUCUACGCGGCGAUAGAGACCUUGUCUGCGAAGUUAAAUCGGUUUGAAUGGCAGGGUAUCCUCCAACCUCUGAAAGAGGAGCACGUUCGAGGUCUUGAUCAGUACAACGAAUCAUCUUCAGAGGGUCAUCGCAAUCUAGCGUGGAUUUGGAAAACUAAUCUUCAAGGCGGACAGAAAGGCCUCCAGGAAGCGUUGCGAAUUGAGUGGUGCAAGUCUCGGGCUCGAGCCCAGCGGUGGCAAGAAGAAUGCGAACUGCUGAUUGAGGAGCUCCGUCGUGUUCGGGUCACAUUUGCAUACUAUACGCAGCUGUGGAUUAAGCGCGCAGAGUUUAGAUCGCUCGCUGGUGCAAAAGCUUAUGCUUUCAGGCAAGCGGCUUUGUGGAGUGAGCUUCAUAAGGAUGCAGAAGCGAAGUGGCUCGACGUUGAGGCCACUCUGGAAUUGAAUUCGUCUCAGCAUGAUGUAGCGACUACAGAUCUCGAUAACCGUACCACAAGUACUUAG